AACAACUUCAUAUCUGUAGUACUUCUCAGAUAGUCUUCUCUAAUGGAGCCGGUGUGCAAUAACCAGAGCAGUGGCCAUGACAUCAUCCGGUGGUUUGAAGAUGUAUCGGAGAAUGCAGAGUUGGUUCAAACGCAGACACUGAGGCGAAUACUUGAGCUGAAUGGGGGAGUGGAGUAUCUCAAAAAAUGGUUGGGGGACGUCGAAAUCCAUGAUGUGGAUGCAUGUACAUUGGAGUCACUUUACACCUCUUUGGUACCGCUUGUUUCACAUGCUGAUUUAGAGCCUUACAUUCAGAGAACUGCAAAUGGGGACUCAGCUCCUCUACUCACCCAACAGCCUAUGACUACUCUCUCGUUGAGUUCCGGAACAACAGAAGGAAGACAGAAGUAUGUACCGUUUACCAGUCAUAGCGCACAGACUACUCUUCAAAUUUUCAGGCUGGCCGCAGCUUACAGAUUAAGGGUUUAUCCAACAAGGGAAGGAGGAAAGAUCCUGGAAUUCAUAUACAGCAGCAAACAGUUCAAAACAAGGGGAGGACUAACCGCUGGAACAGCUACAACUCACUACUAUGCAAGUCAAGAAUUCAAAAUCAAACAGGAAACGACCAAGUCAUUCACUUGCAGCCCAGAAGAAGUCAUUUCAAGUGGAGACAAUAAACAAGCUACGUAUUGUCAUCUCCUUCUUGGCCUCUUCUUCUCUGAUCAAGUAGAGUUCAUAACCUCUACUUUCGCCUACAGCAUAGUGCAGUCCUUUAUCACGUUCGAAGAGCUCUGGAGAGACUUAUGCAUUGACAUUAGAGAUGGCACUCUGAGUAAAAGAAUCAACAUACCGAGAGUGCGAAAAGCAGUGUUGGACAUCAUUUCCCCAAAACCAAAAUUGGCUUCAAAAAUCGAAGCUGCGUGCAAGGAACUGGAAGACUUGGAUUGGUCUGGUCUGGUCCCUAAGCUUUGGCCAAAUGCUAAGUAUGUGUAUUCCAUAAUGACAGGGUCAAUGCAACCAUACUUGAAGAAACUGCGGCGCUACGCAGCUGGUGUGCCAUUGGUUAGUGCUGAUUAUGGAUCAACUGAGAGCUGGAUUGGGGUGAAUGUGGAUCCUUGUUUGCCACCAGAGGAUGUCACUUUUGCAGUGGUGCCAACUUUUUCGUACUUCGAAUUCAUACCUCUUCAUAGACACAAGCAUGAUUGCAAUUUAGCCACUGAUGACUUCAUAGAGGAUAAACCAGUUCCACUAUCCCAAGUCAAGGUUGGACAGCAGUACGAGAUCGUCCUCACCACCUUCACCGGACUCUAUAGGUAUAGGCUAGGGGAUGUGGUAGAAGUGGCUGGAUUUCACAGGGGGACUCCAAAACUGAACUUCAUAUGCAGGAGAAAGCUUAUACUGACAGUAAACAUAGACAAAAACACUGAAAAAGACCUUCAGAUGGUGGUCGAGAGAGGGUCUCAGUUGCUGAGCAAAUCCAGAGCUGAACUAAUCGAUUUUACAAGUCAUGCAGAUGUGGUGAACCAACCAGGCCACUACAUAAUUUACUGGGAGAUUAAAGGUGAUGUCGAAGAUAGGGUUCUUCGUGAAUGCUGCAGAGAAAUGGAUGCUUCAUUUGUUGAUCAUGGGUAUGUAGUCUCAAGGAGAAGCAAUUCAAUUGGGCCUCUAGAGCUGAGGAUUGUGGAGAAAGGAACUUUCAAGAAGAUUUUAGAGUAUUUCAUAGGAAAUGGAUCAGCAUUGAGCCAAUUUAAGACCCCUAGGUGCACCAGCAAUAAGGUGCUCUUGAGUAUUCUCAAUCUGUGCACCAUUAAAAGGGUUUACAGUACAGCAUAUGCUUAG